UUGUUGUACCGACGUUGACCGUAGCUUGCCGAUGCUUGGGCGGCGAAACGGCAACGCGGAUGGUUUGGAAAAUUGGCGAUAAACACACGGCUGCUUUGGGAGAGGAAACUCGCGGAGGAAGAUUACUCCUGCGCGUUGUGACAAGAUCCGACUCGAUCCGGAGGUGACGGAAGCCUCCUUGGAAGGAAGCGGUUAGUGUGUUGCAUAGAGGAAAGCGAAGGACUCGCUUGCUUUAGUCCGAAGGAUCGUUUUCUGAUUCGUUCGGAGACGCGGCGACAUCGCGAAGGAAAGGUAAUUGAGGUUGUUGCUUAGGAGUUCACAAGAGAAAUUGGGAAGUAGUUUAAAGACUCCUAAACCUAACAAGGGAUUUCACAAAGUGUCUAGCGGUGACCUUGAUGAGAAGUUUUGCACAAAGGAGCUAUUGGUGCUACUCGAUGGAGAUAGAGGUAUCGUUAAUCUAGAGAAUGAGAAGCACAGGCUACAUUCAGCGCAAGGGUGGUAUGGACCUAUGAAAAUGAACGGCGUAUCUUUCGAUAGUAUUCGUUCGAUCACCAUGAUCUGACGACGAUAUAAAAUGCUUAAGGCAAAAAAGAAAUUCAUGCGUCGUUUUAGAAGAAAUGAAGAAGUUGAUUUAAUGAAUAUGGUGGAUGAGGAAAGCAGCAAGAGGAAAAGGUAAUUAACGCCACAUUUGUUCCAGCUGAUACAGUGAUUAUUAUCAAUUGGAAAUAUAUACUUAUUAAUCGUUAUCAAUGCUACUUAUCGGCCAGGAAUGGCAGAAGAGAUAAUGGAUUGAUGGGAUUAUAUGCAAAAUUUGGAAAUCCUGAUACGAUAAGGUGCCUAGUAACAUUCUUACAUAUUAGAGGUCAAUGAGAACAAAUCGUACCUCUAUUUCCUUUAGCUUCAUUGUAUCAGUGACAAUGACUUGUUUAAUGCUCACAUCAUGGAAGGCUUAGUACAAACAAACAAUUUACACAUUGCUUUAUGAUAAGCAAAGAAGGAAGUUAACAAUAAUUUAUUAAUGCUUCAAAUUUGCUUUACUGCCUCGUAAAUUCCAAUAUGGAAAAUAAUUAAAUGAAAAGGUAAUUAAAUUGAAGAUUUCUGGAUGUUACAUUUUCAAGUGAAACAAAAGAAUUGAACAUGGGAUAACGUAAAAUUGGAUCGAAGCUUAGGAGACUGUAUAGAACAAUUAGGAGACGUAUUGACAUUUAGAAGAUCAGGAUAUAAUGGAGACUCAUGAGAACGAGCAGUAUGUUACUUUUCCUUUGACUGGAGUGCACGAGCAGAUGCAAGAUGGAAUCAUAUCUCAUGAGGAAAUUUGUGAACCAGUGGAGGAAUGUGUUUUGAGAGAAGGCCUUACGGAAGUAUCUGUCAGAGAUGUGAACAGUGGUAUAUCUGAAACUCAGGUAGCAGUUGAGAUUCUCGCUGAUCGGUCGGAUGAAGAGGAUGAAAACUCUGUAGUUUAUCCAAUUUAUAUCAAACAAGAGGAACAGCAACAGUAUACAUCAGGAGAUGAUGAAUCCAUGGCUGUAGAAGCUUUGCGUCAACUCGGAGGAAUGUAUCCUUGCUUUGAAGAUAAGAAAAUCGGAUGUCCUAACUGUUCAAAUUUAUUUACACAAAGUGAAAUGGCGAAGCAUCAUGGGACAUGUACUCCAAUUAAAUUAACUUGUACUACAUGUGGAGAAAGAUUUGAAAGGAAAAUAGAUUUAACCAAUCAUGUGGUUUGUCAUCAGAUGGAUCGCCCACAUUCAUGUAGAACCUGUGGAAAUUUAUUCCGCUCAAAGGCUAACCUGCAAUCUCAUAUGGCACAAGUCCAUCAAAUAGAAAGACCCCAUAAAUGCACCAUCUGCGGAGCAGACUUUCAGAGACCUUCGAGUUUAUCCAAUCAUAUGAAAAUUCACUCUUAUGUAGCUGGUCGAGCGAUCAUGCAGGCUCAAACAAAUAAUGUGACACAAAGUGUCGAGUCGUUUAGAAAAUGGCCAGAGAAUACUAUGUCCGAUUCACAGAACAAUACCGUGCACACGUCAUCUGUACAGACCAUCCAGAAUUAUGAUGUAUCACAAGUACAUUGGUCGGUACCAUCAUAUAAUUUUCACAGUGAACAAACUAAUGUUAGCUCCAUUCCUACCCACCAGGAGAAGAUGGGCACAAUGCACGAGUUCACGGUCAUGCCCAAUGGUGAAGUAACUCAGUUCGAGUUUACUCAACAAACUGCUAUGGCUAGUCAAAUCAAUCCUCAGUAUAAUCUGUCACUGAAUUCCUUUAACAAUCAAGACUCCAUGGUAAAGGUGGAAACACUUCCAUACUCCAGCGAGAACAGGAGGAACUAUACAGAAAUUGACGUAACCGAAACAAAAAAUCAUACUUGCAGUCACUGUGGCGUAAACUUUUCUCGGGCUACUGCUUUAGCCUCCCACGAGAAGAUCCACACAUCUAAAACUUGGGGCAUGCCUAUCGAGUGCGAAUACUGUGACAAGCAGUUUCAAGAUGCUAAUCACCUGGCUGCACAUCAAACUACUUGUGCCAAGAAGAUGAUGCAAAAUAAUAUCGAGCAAGGAGUACCGAAUAAUAAAUGGGGUAAGCAUGCAUGUUCUGAGUGCGGAAAAAAAUUCACGACCAAGCAGAAGAUGUUUCGUCAUCAGUGGAUUCAUCGAAAGAAGACUCACUCCUGUGAAGUUUGUGGUUCGCAGUUCGAGAAACAAAAUCAACUAGACGAGCAUAGAUUAUCGGCUCAUCCUGGUGACUCGCCAUUCACGUGUAGCGAAUGUGGUAAAAGUUUUGUGUCUCGACAAGGUCUAUGGGAACAUGGAAGAACUCAUGCUGGAAGUCCGGCGCAUUUUCAUUGUGACACUUGCUCAAAAACUUUUUCUUCUCGGCAAGGAUAUUUGAUACACCAUCGUACUCACACCGGUGAGCGGCCGUAUGGAUGCAAGUUCUGCUGGAAAGCUUUUCGAGAUGGCGGGACCUUAAGAAAACAUGAACGAAUCCAUACAGGAGAGAGGCCUCACGUGUGUCCGUUGUGUUCAAGGGCUUUCAACCAAAAGGUUGUACUCAGAGAGCACGUAAGGUGGGUUCAUGCUGCUGGAAAGAACGAAACAGAAGUCACCGGUCCACCUUUUCCGUGUCCUUUGUGUGGUGCUCUAAAUCAAGAUCGAGAUGAACUUUGUGCUCACAUUGUCAAACAUUCUGAUCAAAUGAUCGCCGAGGCCAAGGCAAAGACAAACAAUAAUUCACCAAAACCAAAACCCCCUAAGAAGAAAACGAAAUCUGUGGGAAUCGCUGCUCAGGCCAAGUCUGUCUCUGGAAACAGAAUGGCAUUGAAAAAUGAGCAAACCGAGGCAUUGCUCUCGAUUACUGAACCUGCCGAAAAAAACACUGAUAAUAGAAAUAUGACGAAUAAACAAACCGAAUCUUUGCUCUUAAGCCCUUCAGAGAAACGGAAUGAGUCGAUGCAUAUAAUGUCCGAAAAGCCUAAUAAUGUCAGACUCAUAUCUGAGAAUAAAAAUGAAACUGCUCACAUUUCUCAGAGGAACCACGGCGAGUCCUUAAAUCUCAUUGCCAUUGAGAAGCGUGGCACUUCUGCUCACCUUGUGUCUUCGGUUGAAGCAAAUAACGUUAUUCAUACUAUCGCCAGCAGGCAUGGAGAUACUUCGUCGAUGCAUCUGAUAUCUACUUCCAAGCAGAGUGACUCAUUACAUCUGAUACCUACUAAUAAACAAAGUAACACCCUUCACUUGAUAUCUAAACAAAACGAAGCUCUACCGGUUUUAGCUAUUCCGAAUCCUCAGAGUCAUGAGAACUUCUCCAGUCAAAUCGCACAAAUAAGUAACGCAGAUGUUCCAAUGAACAUGGUGACGCAUCAUUCAUCGAGACAGAACCAACAAACUAUAAAACAGCAAGCCCAACAAGAGUCCUUGAUACACGAAGGAAGCCAGCAGCCAGCUGUCAUCCACGUUGUUCAGUAUCAUCAGCAGGAAAGUGAUGACGGGGAAGAACUUGUGUGUGGGAUAUGUGGAGAUGAUUUCCAUGACAAGGAUGUGCUAAUGGAGCAUGUCAAAAUUCACAUAUAAAUUACUGUAAUUUAUUGCUGUCCAAGUUUGUGAUAUUUUCUGUAAUUUCUAGCAGAAUCAUAUAAACAACUGUUGGUUUAAUUAAAUGAACUGUAUGUAUAAUUCAGUCAUGGCUAUGGCAAAGCCAAGUGCAUGGUCAGAGAGUAUAGAAUAUAAUAUCCGACAAAGAAGUAUUCUUUGUUAUUUCAGAUUCUGUUUCAGUCGCCAUGCCUUUGAUAAGUUCAGGAAUAUAGGUUUAUCUUGCAAAGUGAUCUUAAGUGGUGCGCGACAACUGACUUUUUAUUGUUACAAAGAGUCUACACCGAAUUUGUACGUUUUCAACUUUGAUUUAGUUCCCUUGUCGCUUUUGUACAUACGAAGACCCCAUGUGCAUGUAUUGUAUUAUAAACUUUGUACGUGUCCUUGCAACCACUAGGCUCCGAAGAGAGGACUCAGAUAAUAUACGCAAGCAGAAUUGUGAAUGUAUUAAAGUAAAAGAAAACCACAUAUCGUAAGUAAACGUUGAAAUAUGCAGGAAUGUCCGGAACGUCAUAAUUUCUACGUUAACAUGGAUCGUUGGUCCUUCAUUUACGAUAUUAAACAUUAUCAUUACCUCGACUGAUUCAUCGGGUACUUGAAAAUGUAGCACUUAAGUGCAAUGAGGAUACAUUUAUUGGAAAUAAAUUGCAUU